UUACUUUCCACGUGCAACGUUUGAAUUGUUUUUAAAACACCUCCGAAUAUAAAUAUAAAAAAAACCUUAUUAAAAUGGAAGAUGAAGCAGAAGUAGAGGCCGCGUGCUUUCACCAAAAGAACGAUAUUCUGUCCACCCGGAUGAAAUUUCAGAAUGGGUGCUUCUUGGGCAACGAGGAAUAUUACGCCGUUGAGAGCACUACGGAUCGCAAAAGGAAGGCUGUGCUGGAGGCCGGUGACCAUGUGUACACAGGAGACCUGCAGGAUAGCCAGGAUGUCGACUUCUAUAUCGCCGUGAGGAAUAAGUCCACCAACAAAGUUCAAAUCGUACCCGUGCAACAGGCACUGAUGUCCAAUCACAUUUACAAGCAACUGGAGCGCGAGGGCAAAAAGAUUCCCACGUUGAGCAAGGAGCACGCCAGCAAGAAGCUGCUCAAGGAGUUCGGCGGACGCAAGGCAUCCCGAUUCGUGGACAAUCGCGAGCAGAUGAUGGUCAACGUGGAUGUGGUGCGACAGGAUCUGGAUGAAACAGUCAAGUCAGUUGCGCAGAACGAAGAUGAGGACGAAGACACGCUGGCGGAUGUGACCGUCAACAACGAAGAGUACCUGGCCAGCAUUGUGCCCAAGUUCGACAAGGAGGCCACCGAGCUGGAUAGCGUCUACGAUGUGGAAAAUGUGAUCCCGAAAGCUCUGCUCGAUCGGCUGGACGAGGAGGCAAAGGUGGUGCUCUCGACGCCGGCCCAGACGCUCCCCAUCAAAUCGGAAUACCUCAAGUCUUGUUUGGUCCGCAUUCAGGAAAAACCGGUCAGCUCCAAGAAGGACGUCCUCCACAUCAAGCUUAUCAUCUACAUGGACGCCCUGCAGUCGCUGAUUUCCCUUCGUUCGCGGCAAAUGCAGGGUAAGGAACUCUCGAGGAUCACGGAAAAGAUUGAGAAUGAUAUACGCCAUCGCUUCGCGGAUCCCAAUGUGGCCAAACGGGGAACUCGCACCAAUUUCAGCAGUGAAAAGGCACUCACACACUUCAUUGUGUUGGCCCUGCUCAUCAGCGAGAAGUACGAGGUGGACAUUAACGUCCUGUCCCGCGCCUUGGCCACAAGCAAGGAUCGAAUCAAGCAGUACGCCCACAUUGUGAACGCCCUGCCCAAAUCCCGCUCGGACACACUGGUCCUGCGCCUGCCCAGCAAAGUACCGGCACUUAAGUUGGGCCGUCGCUUCCAACGCAAGAAGUAGAGGGAGUAUCUUCAAGGACACCGCGCCCGCCAUCGAUUUAACAAACCCGAAGGCGGGUCAAUAAAGUUUAUUUAAGACAAGUACUGAA